AUGAGCGCCACCGUCGUGCAGUACCCCGUGACCCCUCGCGCGCCGCGCUCGCGGCUCGCCGACGAGGUCUCGGCCGCCAAGAAGCGCGGCGCCGCCCACGUUCGCGCGCCGUCCGAGCGCAUCGCGCUGGUGCUCGACAUGGACGAGUGCCUCGUGCACAGCAAGUUCCAGAACGAGGUCGAGUACCGCCAGAGCGAGUACCGGCCCGAGCAGCUAGAGGAGUACGGCGACUCGUUCGAGAUCGUCAUGGACGACGGCGAGCGCGCAGUCGUCAACAAGCGGCCAGGGCUCGACCGCUUCCUCGAGGAGGCCGCCAAGCACUACGACGUGUACGUGUUCACGGCGGGCCUGGAGGCCUACGGCAAGCCCAUCCUGGACGCGCUCGACCCAAAGGGCAACCUCUUCGCCGGCCGCUUCUUCCGCGAGUCGUGCCAGCAGCGCAAGGGCAUGUUCCUCAAGGACCUGAGCGUGGUGCGCGGCGGCGACCUGUCGCGCGUCAUCCUCGUAGACAACAACCCCGUGUCGUUCCUCAUGCAGCCCAGCAACGGCAUCCCCGUGCCGAGCUUCUAUGACGACGCCAACGACCGGACGCUCGAGUCGCUGAGCAAGGUGCUGGCCAGCCUGCAGGACGUCGAGGACGUGCGUCCGCGGCUGCACCAGCUCUUCCGCCUCGCGGACCUGCUGGCCGAGCACCAGCGCGUGAUCCUCGGCUGAGCCAAGCCCGAUCCCAGCAACAACCUCAUGUCGUGUCGUGCCGUUCUCUCCAUGGGUGGAUAUGAGUGGGAAUGGAUGGACCAAGUGGGGCUCGCCCCAAGAGCCCCCACGUAUCAGUAGCAAGUAUAUAAGCCAAAGGUGCCGUGCAGUAAGUGAAAAUUAGAUAGCCACUAUAUUUAAGAGCCACAAGAGAUCACAAAAAUGCCAUGU